AUGACAUGGAGUAGUGUUAUUGUCAUGAUUGUCAUUGUACUGUAGUAUAAAACAAAUUUAUAUUUAAUUAAUUUGUAUUUGAAAUGUAAAUUACUUUCUUUCUCGAUAAAAGACAUAACGUAGCUUUAUUUUUAGUACACUGGUGCCUAUUAAUAAAUACACAGCAAACUUCUUAAUCAGUAGCUAUGGACUUCUCGAAGAUAUGUCGUAUUUGUCUUGAUUCAAACAAACAAACAUUUGAUCUUUUCACUAGUUUUUAUGCUAAAAGGAACACCUUUUACAGCGAUAUGUUAACUGAAUGCACAAAAUUAAAGCCUCAUGAAAAGGAUGGAUUACCACGACAAAUAUGCAAAGAGUGUACAAGACAACUCAAACGAUCGUAUGCAUUCAAUAUACAAUGUGAAAAUAGUGAAAAGGAAUUAAAAAAUCAUAUGUUGACAAAACAAGUUGGUGAAUCUAAAAGUUUGCCAGACAACUGUGAUGAAACAAAUGAUAGGAAAAUGAAAAAUGAGGAAAUAAAACAUGAGGUGAAAUAUGAACUUAAUAGUGAUAUUGAAAACAAUACUCAUAACUCUAAUGUAACUAGAGAUAAUGAAAAAAAUAAUGACAUUAAAAGUGAACCAAAUUUUAAUGAUGCCGAUGACAGUUGCUGGGAUGCUGAAGAUAAUAUUCUGCUGAAAGAAAUAAGACCCAAUGUUGACACAAGUGAGCAAGAGUUGGACAAUGAAAAGGAAAAACCUAAAAAGAAAAGAGGAAGGAAGAAAAAAGAUGCAGACAGUAUAUCAGAUGCUCGUAAACCACAUCAAUGUGAUAUCUGUGGAAAAUUCCUCAGUACAAAAAGUAAUCUUAAAGCCCACAAGAUAUGCCAUACAGACAUGAGACCAUACAAAUGUACAGAGUGCCCUGCUACAUUCAGGGGGCACAGUGCUUUGUUCCAACACAAAAAGGUGCACAGUGGCGAUACUCCAUACCACUGUGAGUUCUGCUCUAAAAGAUUCAGCCGACGCACAGGGCUUGUCAACCAUGUACGAAUACAUACUGGUGAAAAACAAUAUAGUUGCGAUAUUUGCUUCAAAAGUUUCAUUCAGAGUGCACAACUGUCCAUACAUAUGAAAAGACACAACGGGGAUAAACCGUUUCUUUGUCAAGAUUGUGGAAAAGGUUUUCCAAUUAAGGCCGAUUUGAUGGUACACCAACGCAUUCACAAUGGUGAGAAGCCAUACUCCUGCACCCUCUGCACCAAGACAUUUGCUACUUCGGGUAACCUAUCCAUACAUAGGCGAAUUCAUAAUAAGGAAAUUAGGUACAAUUGUAAAGAAUGUAACCGUGGUUUCGUCACAUGCAGUGCGUACAGCGUGCACUUAAAACGGCAUAAAGGGCAAAGGGACUACUCAUGCGAGUGUGGCAAAACAUUCUACACUUCAUCAGCCCUCAAACAACACAAAAUAGUGCACACAGGCGAAAAGAAGUACCAGUGUAAAAUAUGCGAUCGGAAAUUCUCUCAAUGCAGCCAUUUGAGUCGACAUUUUAAAAGGGACCAUUUGAAAGCGAAUGCCCCAGUGCCUUCUUCUGAUCAUUAUAAAUUGGUAUUAGAUAAUGGAAGGAGUAAACUGUGGACUGUUGUAGAUGAUGCCAUACAAAAAGUACCACUUCACCAUAACCAUAAUGUAAACAUCGAAGAAAAGUUAACACAAACUCAUAUUUUAAAUGAAACAGAUAAAUGUAACGAGUCCUAGUGAUGUGCCAUGUAUUUUAAUUUACGUUUCAAUGCUGUAUUUUUAUUCUACCUCAAAAACAAAUGCGGUUUGAAAAAUGUAUCAUAUUAGUUCGGUUACCUAAUCUAUACGUGUUGAGAUAUCACUAACUCGACAGUUAUUAACCUGUAAAUUUAUCUUUAAAACACUAAGGCCUAACUUAUUUUAAGCAUAAUUUAUUAUUUGAGUUAUACACUAUUUUAAACAGUUAUAGCCUAUUUAUAAUUACAAUUAUUUUUUACUUUUUUUUUUUAAUAGAAGCUGAAAUCAGUAAUACAAUAGUGUUGUGUUACUCUAUUAAUAGACUGCAAAGAUCUGAUUAACGCCAAAAACUGUCAUCAUGGAUUUUAUUUUUGAGUAUAUUUAUUUAUUUUAUACUAGUGACUUGACCCAACUUUGCAUGGGUAGAUACUUGGUCAUUAACUCAUAAUACCGCUCCAGUGGCGUAAUUACGGUCUAUUAUAUGUGUAAGUGGUAUCUUCGUCUACUCUGCACAUCUUUAAUUUUUUAUUUAUUGAUAGGAUUUUACUCCCAUGUAUAUCAUAAUAAUAUUUAAGAAAAUUGUGAUCUUUUUGAUGAAAUAUAAAUAAUUGAGUAUUCAGAUUUUCUACUACAGGGCAAACAUUUAAAUAUCCUGUAAAAUUUGGUUUACACAAAUUUAAAACCGGUUGAACUGGGUGAAAAAAUAAUUAUGAUUGUAGUAUUACCUACAAUUUAUUAUAUUCUCUGUGAAUCUCUCUUUAUAUCUUUAUCUAUAAAGCAAUUUAUGGAAAUGUAUUUACUAACUAAUUCUGUUAACUUAGUUAAUUUAUUUAUUACCUACUUAUAAAAGGCUUUACAAGACUAUUAAAGCAACAGUUUUACAUUAAGUAUAUUUAAUUGAUAUUAUGCAUUAGCUAUCAUUGAGAAAACAAAAUUAAUGUUUUUGUUUUUUUGUUUUGUCUCAUAAC